AUGGCAAGCCAUGGUAUUCCCCGCCCUGCGACAACUGCACACAGAACGGAGCAACAGCUACAGGAGGAGCAGCUACAGAUUCAAGAAUACAGGGACUUAGAAGAUCUGAUUAGAACGAAGAUCGCCGAGCGCCAAUACACCCUUGAAGUCCUCCAACUUACCUCGAAACUACUCAAGAAGAACCCUGAAUACUACACAAUAUGGAACGACCGCAGGCGUUUGCUAAUUUAUGGCUUAUUUUCCGAAUCGUCGGAUUCAUCUUCCUCAUCGAAGGAACCGUCGAGUUCUUCUCCGACCGUCACUACCUCAACCUCCUCCGAAGGUGUCUCCUCCUCUGCUGUUUCUACGGCCGAGAACUUGACCACGACCCUGCACGACCCCCCCUCCCGGAAUCGUGGGAAGAGUGGUACAAUUCUUGAUUUGAUAAAAGGAGAGCUAGAAUUUUUGUUCCCAAUAAUGAUCAAAUUUCCAAAAUGCUACUGGUUGUGGAAUUACAGGCUGUGGAUUUUGCAACAAGCAAACGAGAGGCUAGACCCAGAUAUCGCAAGGGACUUGUGGAAUCGAGAGCUGAUACUAGUUGGAAAGAUGUUGGUAAAAGACAGUCGAAACUUCCACGGAUGGGGCUACCGGAGGAUGGUUGUUACGCAGCUCGAAAGCCAGGAGUUACAUGGCAAGAGUAUGGUCGAGUCGGAAUUCGAGUAUACUACAAAGGUAAUCCAUGGUCUCAAUGGACUAUCGAAUUUCUCGGCCUGGCAUAGACGGAGUAAAUUGAUACCGACACUGCUGGAUCAACGCGGGGCAGAUGAUGCCACACGACAACAAUUCUUGGAAGAUGAAUUUGAUCUCAUCAUUUCAGCGAUGUAUACAGACUCAUAUCCGUAUGCACAAUCGGCGUGGUUCUAUUAUCAAUUCCUAAUGACAACGGUAACCGAUUAUGUUGGUCACGCUACGAUCACACCCAACUGGACCCAGGAAGAUCGGGUUGUAUUUGUUACUCGCCAGCUAGCUGUCCUCGGAGAUAUGCUCGAUGGUGCCGAGGACUGCAAGUGGGUAUAUGACGCCUUGAUUGAAUACACUCUAGCUUUGUGCCAAAUGGAGGAAAGAGAACCGCUCCCUGAUGAAAAGACUGAUUGCCAAUCGUGGUUGAUGGAGCUAAGGAAGCUAGAUCAUCUUCGGUCUGGUAGAUGGGAUGAUCUGGAAAUAUCUCUCGAAAAGCGUUAA